GAUUAUGACUUUCACGUGAGGUGGCCAACUGUAAAACUUCUGACGGUAUUGCUCACAAACAGGCAGAAAGAACUACAAGAAAUCAUACUUGUGAUUCCAAUGGGUGUGUCUAGGCUAAUGGAUCUCCUGUCUGACAGUCGUGAGAUUAUCCGAAAUGAUGCAUUGCUACUGCUUAACCAGCUCACAAAGGGGCAUGCCAACAUUCAGAAAAUAGUUGCUUUUGAAAAUGCAUUUGAGAGAAUUCUGGAUAUCAUUAGGGAUGAGGGAGCAACCGAUGGAGGUAUUGUGGUAGAGGAUUGUUUGCUGCUUCUGUACAACCUCUUGCGAAAUAACACAUCCAACCAGAAUUUCUUCAAAGAAGGCAGCUACAUUCAGAAGCUGAAGACAUUUUUUCUUCUUGAUGAGGAGUCGCAUUCUAAACAAGGUUGGUCAGCCCAGAAGGUGACCAAUAUGCACCUACUUUUACAGUUGGUGAGAAUCUUGGUGUCCCCAAAUAAUCCUCAGAACCAGACUGUAUCCUGCCAGAAAGUCAUGAAUCAAUGUGGUUUAUUACAAGACCUUUGUUCAAUGUUGAUGGCUAGCGGUGUCCCUGCAGAUGUUCUUACUGAGACAAUAAACACGGUGGCAGAAGUUAUCCGAGGCAGUCAUCAUAACCAGGAAUACUUUGCUUCUGUGUUAGCUCCGUCCACUCCCCCAAGACCUGCCAUAGUUGUCCUACUGAUGUCCAUGGUUAAUGAGAAGCAACCAUUUGUUCUGAGAUGUGCCGUCCUGUAUUGCUUUCAGUCAUUUCUGUACAAGAAUGAGCUAGGACAGUCACAGAUUAUACAGACUUUACUACCCACAGCUGCUGAUGCAAACUCGAUCACCGCUGGCCAGCUGUUGUGUGGAGGCUUGUUUAGCGCAGAUCCCUUGUCCAACUGGUUUGCUGCGGUGGCAUUGCUUCAUGCUAUAAUUGAAAACUCAACACAGAAAGAGCAGCUGCUGCGUGUCCAGCUGGCCACCAGCUUAGGCAGUCCGCCAGUCUCCCUGCUGCAGCAGUGUUGUAACAUGUUGUCUCAGGGAGGGAAGUUACAAACCAGGAUUGGCCUUCUGAUGAUUUUGUGUGCUUGGCUGGCAGAUUGCCCUAUUGCUGUCUCACAUUUCCUCAACAAUACUGCCAAUGUUCCUUAUCUGAUAUCUCAAGUGUCUUCUAGUGAAGGAGAUGAACAUGAAGCCAUCAUCCAAGGGCUGUGUGCUUUCCUCCUUGGCAUCUGCAUGUUGUACAAUGAUGAUUCAAGCAAGACUUUCUCCAAGAGUUCACUGAAACAGAUUAUACAGAACCGUAUCGGUCUGGAGUCAUUCACAGACAAGCUGAUGCAGGUGGCACAGAAUGAGAACUACACAAGAGCAGCUAAGAAACCCCACAUGAACUACAAGCACCCUAGUGAGAUUGUCUUUGAUUACGAGUUUACAAGACUGUUCAAAGGCUUAGAAAGUGAAGUAAUGAGAGCAGUUUCAGGAAAAGGAAGCAGCAUAAGUGAAAGAAAAGCAGCUGACACCAGUAUAGAAGAAUUUAAACAUGUUCUGAGAGAGCAGGAGGAAAAUGUCCAGAGUUUACGCCACAGAGUGGAAGAGCUUGAGAACCUGAACUUGGGUGCAGAUAGAACAAUAGCUGAUCUCAGAAGUCAAGUCCAGCAGUUGAAAGAUCAGAACUCUCUACUGAAAGCUCAGAAAG